AUGGCCACCCUGCUGGUCAUUGACCUUGUCCUCUGCCUCACCAGUGACAUCCUAUGGGCUCAAGCUCUGUCAGAGCUAGAGGAGGUGAGGAAUGACAUGGACUCCCUGGAGAAGGAGCUUCAGCAGGGCUGCAGCAGCACCUACCACACAUGGGAGAGGUUAAAAAGGCUGGAGGAAAAACUGGCCUGCCAGGAGAAAAUCAACUUCACGGGUGGCAUGAUCGAGACCUACGUGUUCAAGUUCACGACCAAGCACUUCAGAGGGUUAAACCUCAGCAGCAGGAUGGAUGUGAAGCCAGGUGGCGACAGGAGGCUCAGGCAUGCCAUGAACUUCCCUGCAGAGCUUGUGGAGGGUGUGCAGACGCGGGGAACGGAGGAGGAGCUUGUCUGCAUCUACAUCCGCAGCCCCUGUGUCUUCCAGGAUGCCCACAACAGCUCUGUGCUGAACAACGAUGUGCUGGGAGCCUUCCUGCAGAGCGGGCAUGUGUUCGGGCUCAGCCGCCCUGUGGAGUUCUGGCACGACAUGGUGCUGGAUGCCUCCAACACCACCUGUGUCCUCUGGCAGCCUGGAGCUGGUAAGUGCAGCACAGGCAGCUGGAGCAGGAAGGGCUGUGAGACCACACACAGGGAGGGGAUCUGUGAUCACCUCACCUACUUCGCCGUCCUGCUGCUCCCAGCGCCCACGCUGAGCCCGGCCCAGCUGGCAUCGCUCACCUACAUCAGCACCAUUGGCUGCUCCCUCUCGGCUGCUGCCACCCUCUGCACCCUCCUGCUCUGCUGCUUCUCCAGGUACAGGCCCGAGGGACAACAAACCAGGAUCCACGUGCACCUCCUGGCUGUGCUGCUCCUUCUCAACGGCAGCUUCUUGCUGAGCACGCUGCUGGCUGCUGGCGCCGAGGGGCUCUGCUGGGUCACCGCCGUGCUGCUGCAUGCCACCCUUCUCUGCACCUUGGCGUGGAUGGCUGCUGAGGCCUUCCACCUCCUUCUCCUCCUCGUCAAGGUCUACAACAUCUACAUCCAGCACUACCUCCUGAAGCUCUGCCUCUUGGCUUAGGGUGAGUGGGCAUCAACCUGGCCCUGCCUGCCUGUGCCCUGCCUGCACCCUGCCCCAGGCAGGCCCCACACCACCUGUCCUGGACCCACAGGUCUGCCCACGCUGCCCGUGGUGGGUCUUCUUGUCUUCAAGAGCGAUACGUAUGGGUACCUCACCAUUAGCACCUCUGAAGGCUACAGGAACAUGACUAUGUGCUGGCUCACCAGCCAGCUGGACCAUUAUGCCACCCUCUGCUACGCUGGCCUCAUCCUGCUCUUCAACACGCUGGUCCUGGGAAGGGUGGUGACAAUACUGCGAAGGAUCCAGCGGCAGAAGGGGCAGGUGAGGAAGGACUGGGCAAUGGUGCUGGGGCUCACCUGCCUGUUGGGCACUACCUGGGGUCUGGCCUUCUUCAGCUUCGGUGUCUUCCUCGUCCCCCAGCUCUACCUCUUCACUAUCCUCAACUCCCUGCAAGGUCUCUUCAUCUGCCUCUGGUAUGUUACCGUGCACCGCUGGAGCAAGCUGAGCUCCACCAGCAACACCUCCAGAUAA